ACUGCUUUAAUUUUUUGUUUUCCCUCUCUCUCUCUCUAAACUGUGUUUUCCCUUCCACGAAAUUCCCAUAUUUUGCCUUAAUUUCUCUCUCCCCUGCUUACGAAAACCGCUUAUACGUAUUCACCAAUGCAUGAUCUUCCGAUCAAAUGUAAUUUCGAUCCUUGGCUUUGGAAUUUUUACUGAGUUUGACCACCUGGUUGACUUACUGAGUUGGGGCUUGUUGGAGAAACUAAUGUUGGAGGCAAUGGAGGGUACGGUCAAUGGCGGUGGUUUCUCGCAGUUACAGAGUUGCGGAGACAGUAGCGAAGAAGAGCUCUCGGUGCUGCCACGUCAUACUAAAGUGGUUGUCACCGGGAAUAACCGUACUAAAUCGGUUCUUGUUGGUCUUCAAGGCGUGGUCAAGAAGGCUGUUGGGCUUGGCGGGUGGCAUUGGCUGGUUCUUACUAAUGGCAUAGAAGUAAAGCUACAGAGAAAUGCACUCAGCGUAAUUGAAGCACCUACUGGCAACGAAGACGACUGCGAUCUUGAAUUCGAAAGCAUGCAGUGUAAUGGAUUAGACAUGGUAUCUGAUGACACUCACAAGUCGCACAGAUCGAGGCAUAGACCACAUAAAUCAACUGGUUCUUCUUACAAGACUAUGAGCAGGUCUCUUUCUUGUGACUCACAGUCUAAGGGGUCUGUUUCCACUAUUAUCGGGUCCACGAAGGUUGACCUUAGCAAACUCGAGAUAGCUGCUUUAUGGAGAUAUUGGCGACACUUCAAUCUUGUGGAUGACAUCCCCAAUCCAUCGAAAGAACAACUACUUGAUGUUGUUCGAAGGCAUUUCAUGUCACAGCAAAUGGAUGAGCUGCAGGUCAUUGUGGGAUUUGUUCAGGCUGCAAAGAGAUUGAAGACCGGUUGCAAAUGACCCAGAUAAGAAUGUUCCGACGGGUUUCGAGCUCGGUUUCGGUGCUAACAGAAACUUGGUAUCCUAAUAUCCUCUUCUCUUGGUACUGAUAUCGAUAAUAUAUAUGUAUUUGUGGCUUGUUUAUUGUUCUAGUCGAGGUGUUAAGUAGGAUAAGAUUUAGUUGAAGCUAUAGAGGUUGUUUCUUCCUUUUUGGUAGUGUAGUUAUAUGUAGAUAUGAUGUAAAAACUUGGUUAAGAGACCUCUCGAGAAAUCCUUGUGACUUCCUUUCUUCAUUGUACUGCUGACUUGGUGUAGUGGAUUUCUUAAAAUGUAUAU